UUCAAACCCAAAACCCAACAAACCCGCUCAGCCAUUCUCUCUCCCCUCUCUCCAACUUUCGAACCCUCUCCCUCUUCUUCUCCCGAAAACCGCAGAACAGCGACGAGAGAGGCGACGCCGACGAGGAAAGCGACGGCGACGACGGCUGCGAGGUCGGCGACCGCUUGGUGGAUCUCCCGCCGCCGACGACGUUGACGCUGGACCGACCGACGAGGAAGAAGCCGCCGCCGACGAAGAAGAAAGAAGAAGAGGGAGCCGACUUCGCCGCCGAAGAAGGCCGCCGCCGUCGCCGCCAUGGGAGGUAGAAGAAGACGCUGAGUGAAUGGGGAGACCGAAAAAGAACUCAAAGCCCAACAAUGAGGGAGAAGGAUCAUCAAAGCAGCCACCGGAUGUACAACAACAAGAGGAACAACCCGUGAGGAAGAAAUCCAAAACUGUUCCACCAAAAUCUGCAGCGAAAUCUCGUGAAGCAGCUGGAUCAUCACAGCAGCCGCCGGCUGAACAACCACCAAAGGAACAACCCGGGAUGAAGAGAACGAAAAUGGUUGCAUCGAGAUCUCGUGAAGGAGAAAAAUCAAGGCAGCCGCCGCCUGCUAUUCCAGAAGUUGAGGAGGAAGAUGAGGAAGAAGAUGAUGAGGGAGAGGGU